AUGCUUGAGCACGGGGUCAAGAGCCUGCCGCUCUUCAGCCUUGCCGUGGUCCUUCUGCAGAUCGACCGCUGGACCCGGGUCCAGGAGAGCGACCUCGCCGAGGUCCGGCGGCUGGCCUACGGGUCCGCGAGCCGCCUCGGCCCUAGGUACGAUAAGCUGGUGUUCAAGUGCCUCGACUGCGAGUUUGAGGCUAGGAGCAGCACCAGCCGUCGGCUGCACUCCAUCGCCAAACCCCGGCUGCAGGACUCGGUGUAUCGCGAGGUGGUGUGCGAGCUGUCCGACCUCGUCAGGGCUACUGGCGCCAUGAGUCUUGACGGCGAGCUCUAG